GCAGUGCUGCGCACACCUCUGCCGCCCUACGUGCUGUCCCGCGACGGGGACGACCAGUACAACACUGUAUUCGCCAAGGACGCGGGAUCCGUCGCUGCGCCCACCGCGGGCUUGCACUUCACGGAGGACACGCUGCGCCGCUGCCGGGACGACGCCGGCUGCACAGUCGACGAGGUCACGCUGCACGUCGGCUACGGGACUUUCGCGCACAUCGAGGCCGAUGCCCUCAGCGAGCACAAGAUGCACGCUGAGAGGCUGUUCCUCAGCGAGAGCACCGCGGCGAGGCUUGGGGAGCACGCGGCGGCCGGGAGGGCCCUGCUGGCCGUGGGGACGACCGCCACCAGGACGCUCGAGACGUGCGCCGCAGACACGCCGCAGGGAGAGCCCGCCAGCUUCGUGCCCACGGGUGCGGCGGGCAAGGACACGGAGCUCUUCAUAUGCGAGGGGGUCCCCGAGACUGGCGGAUACCCAGACGGCCACGAUUGGAAGGCCGUCGGCGCAUUGCUGACGAAUUUCCACAUGCCAGGGCUGACGCCCAUCGGAGACACCGGGGGCAAGUACGGCUACGACUUAGUCAUGCGCGCGUACAAGGAGGCGAUCAGCGAGCGUUACCGUUUCUUCAGCUUCGGUGACGCGAUGCUCGUUCGUCUUCGGGUAGACGCUACGAGAGCAGCUUGGUCGAAGCUAGGCCGAUUCUGGAAUCAACACACGUCCCUGAAACUUAAGCGCCUGGCUUUCUCGUGGGUGAUCCACAGUGCGGCCUUCUCGGGCCUUGAGGUCUACACUCUGGGGAAGCGGGAGUUUGCGAAGCUGGACUCGGUCAUCUUGGGGCCUAUUGGGAGCAGGCUCGCAAUGGACCCCUUCAGCUACCCUCUGAACUCCAUGCGUCCGGUGCCCCUGAAGUUCCUCCAGUCCCUGAAGGUCCCCCUCAAGAGUUCUACUGUGAGCAUCCAGGCGACGGCGGGGACCCUUGUGGCCAGGCCUUUCGUGAAUCCUUGUCUGGAGCCGUACUGGCUCAAGGCGAGUUUCCUAGUCCACAGCAGCGGCGCGGAGAACUCGCCGCUGGGUGCGGCGAUCGGAUUCGCAGCGGAGAUCGAGGUCGCCGCGGUGGCCCAGGCGGCGAGGCCCCAGCACGCCAGGGCGCUCAAUGACGUCUGGGCCGCCACCGACAACCACUACGGACUACGCGAGGGAGGCCUCACCGACAUGCAGACGAUGCCGAUCCAGUGGGUGCAGGCGAUGACGCCCAUCUUGAUGAGGAUGGCACUCGGGCACGAACAUCGACUCAGAUUAGUGGAGUCGGCCUUCUUUCGUCACGUCCAGCUUCCGACCAGCCACGACGUGCCGCAGCCGAUGAUGCUCACAGCGCGCUACUACGGGCAGGAGGCCAACAGGCUCCGCGAUCACCACCAGGAGGCAAUCAAGAAUGGCGAACUCGUUCCAGAGCUGGAAGAGCUCGGAAUCCCACAUCCACACGUGUGGGUUUCACUCAUCGGCGCGCUCGUGGCACAAGGAGACAAAGUAGGAUGCCGCCUCCGUGUGCGCCGCGUGCUCCUGAAGCAGCACGGCCUCUGCCACGGCAGCCGCUGCCCGCCGGACUCCCUCGGGCUGCCCUGCGAGCUGUCGCUUUUCCCAAGAGGACGGCCAGAGAAGCGGGGAGCCAGGCCCGUGGUGGACUUCUCGCGGCACUGGGCUAAGAUGUGGGCGUCGCAGUCCUUGUCGCGUUUUCCCGCUUGGUGCCUCGGGGGCCCCCUGUGCGACGACGCGAGGGCGCUGCCUCGAGCACGGCAUCGCGGCUCUCACCAGCACCGAGUCAAGGGCCGCACCCCGACAGGCCCGCGGAUGCGCGCAGCCCCGGGCUCGGAGGGGCGCGGCCGCCCAGAGCAGCAGGCGGAGGAGCUGCAGCGGCGGGCGCAGGGCACGCGCAGGGAGCUGCAGAGGCUGCAGGACGCGCUGACGACGUCCGAGGAGGAGCUCUGCAUCGCGCGGGACCGCGCCGUGCGCGAGGCGCGCGCGGCCGAGGACGCCGAGCGCGUGCGCUGCCAGCUGCUCGACAGGCUCGCCGAGCUCACGGCGCAGGCCUCGACGGAGGCGACCCCGCCGCCGUGGCGCGGCGCGCCACCCGCCGCCACGCUGCGGGAGGCGGCCGCGCGCGGCAGCGCCUCGCCCGCGUGCAGUGCCAGCGAGGCGCUGCCGCGAGCGGAGAGCUGGCGCUGCCCGCCGCAGGUCUCGCCCGCGGAGGAGCAACGCGGCGAGGCGGGCGCCGAAGGCGAGCUUGGCGAGGCGUGCGCCGCGGAGGCGCCGCCGGAGCCAGACGCGCACGGCGACGUGCUGCUGCAGGAGGUGGCCAGCGCCGAGGAGCAGCUGCGCCGCCUGCGGGAGCGCACCUCGGUCCACGCGCUGGAGCACGCCGAGGCGGAGGCGAGGGCUGCGCGCGACGAGGCCGCCGCGAUGAGGAAGCUGCUGGUGCACACGGAAGCCGAGGGGCGCAAGAUCAAGGAGGAGCACAGCGAGGCGGAAGCCCAAGCGGUGCCCCUCCGCGAUUGGGUGGAGCACACCUCUGAGCAGCUGGCGGCAGCCCGCGCCAAGGUCAGCGAGAUGUCCGCCGCCAAUGGCCGUCUCGCCGCAGAUCGCGAGCGCCUGGAGAACGCGGUAGCGGACCAUGCCCGGGCGGCAGCCUUGGCGGCGCAGGUGCAUUGGCACAGCAGCGUGGCGAACACCCCCGAGGAGGCGCUGCGCAUGCGCGAGGACGAGAGCUGGUGCGCGCGGCGGCGCGCCCUGCUCGGCGCAGAGAUCGCCGCGCAGCGCAGCCAGCGGGACGCGCUGCAGCGCCAGGCGCGCAGGCUCCGCGAGGAGGCCGCCGCCUCCGAGCGGCGCGAGUGGAGCUCGGGGGGGGCAACGUGAACCUCGAGGCCCGAGGUCGGACAGGCCUCGGCCACAUUCAUCUGCCAACGGCUCCCCCUCCCUCCAAUGCUCAAAGUUGGCGGUGGGCCUGACGAGAUGCACUCCGACCGCAGCCUCCCCCGCGCGUGCCAGCAGUGAGGUUGGGGGGGGAGGGGGAGUGCUCAGUAAUCGCCUCCCUCUGCCGGAGAUGUUCGGCCUCCUUCGUCGGCUUCUCGGCGGCUCUGCGGCCUCGGGGUGGGCGCUCCCGCGGCUGCGCCCCGCCGAGGGGCGUUCUCCCGAGGUGCCCGGGGGUCCUCCCGAAGGGCCGCCGGAGGCCCGAGGUGUGGCCCGAAGGCUCGAAGGUCCUCCCCUCCCCUCCCCUCCCCUCCCCUCCCCUCC